UUCGUAUUUCCCAAUUCGACGCUGUACAUCCGUUCUUUGUAAGCAUCUCUCUCUCCUGCUGCGCAAGUCCACGCCAAGAUCUGAGUAUCUGACUAUCUGGGCUGCUCCCAAACUGUUUUACCUCAUGGCCGGUCCUAGAAGUAGUUAUGGAAAGCGUUCCCACUCUCAAUCUGACUAUGAGAAUGGAGGAAAUAAAAGGAGAAAUCCAGGUGAUGAAAGAGAGCAGUUUAUAAUUGAUCCAGAAGAUACUGUAUACCGUUAUUUAUGCCCUGUUCGAAAGAUUGGUAGUGUUAUUGGUAGGGGAGGUGAGAUUGUUAAACAAUUAAGGAUAGACACUAAAUCUAAAAUUAGGAUUGGUGAGACUGUGCCUGGAUGUGAAGAGCGUGUUAUUACAAUCUACAGCUCCGGUGAUGAGACUAAUGCCUUUGAGGAUAGUGGUAAUUUUGUAUCACCAGCACAGGAUGCUCUGUUCAAGGUGCAUGACAGAGUGGUUGCUGAAGAGGGGCAUGGUGAUCAGGAGACCGAAGGAGGUCAUCAAGCCACUGCUAAGCUUCUUGUACCUUCUGAUCAAAUAGGUUGUGUGAUUGGAAAAGGUGGUCAGAUUGUUCAGAGCAUCCGUAGUGAUACUGGGGCCCAGAUACGAAUACUAAAGGAUGAACAUUUGCCUCCUUGUGCCUUGAACUCCGAUGAACUUGUGCAGAUAUCUGGUGAUGCUGCAACUGUGAAGAAGGCUCUAUAUCAGAUUGCAUGUCGACUUCAUGACAACCCAUCACGGUCUCAGACUCUUCUUACCUCUGCAAUGCCUGGUGUAUAUCCUACGAGUGGUUCGCUGGUUGGCCCAACUGCUGGAGGUCCAAUUGUGGGAAUAGCUCCUCUUGUGGGUCAUUAUGGGGGAUAUAAAGGUGAUACUGGAGACUGGCCAAGAUCCUUGUACCCAGCACCAAGGGAUGAAACAUCUUCAAAGGAAUUUUCGGUUCGUUUGGUUUGUCCAACUGGAAACAUUGGAGGUGUAAUAGGCAAAGGUGGUGCUAUAAUAAAUCAAAUCAGGCAGGAUUCUGGGGCAACAAUUAAGGUUGAUAGCUCUGCAACAGAAGGAGAUGAUUGCCUUAUAAUUAUUUCAACAAAGGAGUUCUUUGAAGAAACAUUUUCUCCAACCAUUGAAGCAGCUGUACGUUUACAGCCCCGGUGCAGUGAGAAGGUUGAGAGAGAUUCAGGAAUUAUCUCAUUCACAACACGGUUGCUGGUGCCAACCUCCCGAAUUGGUUGCCUUAUUGGUAAAGGAGGAGCUAUCAUAACUGAGAUGAGGAGGCUGACAAAAGCUAACAUCCGCAUCCUGUCAAAGGAAAGUCUUCCUAAAAUAGCAUCUGAAGAUGAUGAAAUGGUGCAGAUUUCCGGAGACCUUGAGCUUGCAAAGGAUGCUCUUGUGCAAGUACUUACACGGUUAAGAGCAAAUCUUUUUGACAGGGAGGGGGCUGUUUCUGCAUUCCUUCCAGUUCUGCCGUAUCUUCCUGUUCCUGCUGAUGGUCCGGAUGGUUUAAGUUAUGAUGCUAGAGAUGGUAAAAGGCAUGGGCGAGGACAUUCUUAUUCAAGUGGAUAUGGUGGUUCUAGUGAUUUAACUGCUGGUGAUGGCUAUGGAAGCUAUGGUGGUUCCCAGUUUGGUGGUAGCGCUGCUUACGGGGCUUAUGGAAGUUAUUCUUUGGGACGGACUGGCACUUCUGGGUUGUCUAGUCACCACAGUGUUUCUCGGAGGAGAAACCAUGCUUACUAAAAAUUGUUCAUGGUUACCCGCAGCUGAGAUAUGUGAAGCCUGAAGCCUGCCUACUGUUUAAACUGGAAGAUCAGAUGAACCAGGGUUUGACAAACUCAUGGCCUACCUUGAUGCUUCUACUUAGAGGACCAAACAUAUGUGGAGACUAUUGAAAUUGGCCAUGUUCACUUUACCUUAUUUCCCAAGCUUGAUAACUUGUGCUCCCAAGAACCUAUAAAGCUGGCCUGCCUUUGUUGCUGCUUUGCAAUACUAGUUCUUGUCAUUAUAACUAGAACUAUGAUGCUUUUGUGAUCCUCUGGAAGCUGUAUAAGCUUACUAGCUUUUUUUUCCCCCCUUCGCUUGCCCUUUUUUUAAUCGUCUGUAGCACGAAUUUGUGUUUAUUUGAAUUUAAUGAUGUUAAUUCUGAUUAAGCUGAUCAUAUACGUAAAAGAUUGGUGGUGGUUUGUUGUCUGAAUUUCAUGUAUUGACACCUUUAUCAAUCACCGUAAGUAGGUAAUGUUUUGUUCUGUGUGGCACUAUUUUACUCAUUAAAAUAUGUGCUCAUGGAUUUAGUUUAGUAUUUGUUGAGUGGGAGGUAUGAGCUGUUCUCACUAUGCAGCAGUCUCAUAAUUGAAGUUCAUAUGGCCAAACUCUCUGUGGGUUUGGUUUGAUUAGAGGUAUGAAACUGUUCUCAUUUUGCUGUUGAAUUUUUUAUAUAAGCCAUAUAGUGGAAAUCUACCGUUGCAAAGAUAGCACUAUUGGUAUGCGGUUAAUUAGUGUCCUGUUUUAUGAGUUUGCAGUAUUGUAUAUGCAUGGAUACAACAAACUGGAUCCGUAGGGCUUGUUUGAGUUUGUUUGGCUUCCAGACUGCAUUUGAAUUUAUGAUAUUCUUCCAUUUUCCCUUUGAAAAAUGUGUCUUAAUUGUGUUCUGAUGGAUUGUUAACACCUGGUAAUUUCACCAGUAGGUACUUCUCCAAAAUUAAUCUUCUGUUACUAGGAGCUUAAUUGGACCAAUAUCAGUUUUAAUUGGUGUCUAGCACUUAGCUACAUGUUUCUGGGAAGAGUUAUAUAACCUGAUUCAAAUGGUUUUUGGUGCCCUCUGUUGAGUUAUCUGGCCAUGGAAGCUGUUUAAAAUUCAAGAUGAUGUGUUAGGUUAAUGUUCAUAUAAAAUGUUCUUUAUUGUCUUUCUCUAAUCAAAUGCAAUCUCUUGUGGAACUUAUCUCUCAUGUUCUCUAUUUGGCUAUAACCAACACAAGCUUUCUGGCUUACUCCUGGUAGGCCCUCGCAGGGUUUUGUGUGAUGUCAGUUUCUAUAGUAGAUUUGGCUUUCCAGGUUGAGUCACAAAUGCAUUGUAGAAUUAGAAUUUUUUUUUUUUCCCGGUUGGAAUUAAGUGACUUUCAUAGUAAUUGGGGAAGGAUUUGUUUUCUUUUUGCCACGAUGUGUCCAUACAUUCUUAUUCUUAUUAUAGUAUAAAAUAGUAUAUAAAUGUUGUGUCUGUCUAGUGCCUAUUGUGUCAUGGAGAAUGCGUUGGCUUUUCAUGUAAUCUGGUUAGACGUAAGUUGCUUUGUGGCUUUAGGCACAACUUUUUAUAGUUGGGGUUGUUAUAGCAUGUCUUACCUCCGAAGACAGUCAUUUUGAACAUCUGAAUGGCAUUGGAGAUUGGUUGACGGGAGGCCUUGCCUGAAGACUGAAUUUGCUAUGAACCAUGGGUGAAACGUCUUGCAGGAUGACUGUCUUGUUGUGAGGUGAAUAAAACAGCAUUUUGUAAUGUGACAUGCGUAGUAUUACGGGAUGUUGACUAUUCGUUUUAUUUUUAAUAUAUUUUUUUUCCAAGUAACAUGCUUUUGCCAAGUAUUAAAAUUGGCGGUGGUUAA